UUGUUUACAGAGCGCGGUGUUGAGAUGCCCUGCACUGAAGAGCCCAUGUGCUUGUUAUAAUGAGCACUUCACCCCCUACUCAUGGGCAAUUAGGAAUGGGCAACAAGUACUAGCCCAGCCUGUGAAUGAAGGAAAGCAAAACUCUUCGCUACACAGUGAUUUUGUUCCAAAACCGACAGAUUCUUUCAUUAUAUUUGCCUCAGGGGAAUCGGAACAGAUUUCACACCCAGCACACUCCUCGCCAGCAGUGACAGGCCAAGGACUGAAUAUAAAUUGGGCAGAUGUCAAAGUAUCUGUAGAGGAGCGGUAACCAACUGUGGACCGCAUUGGAAGAAGAUUAACAGGGGUCACAAGGAGCACUGGGACAUGGCAACACCAGCACAUGGUCAGCUCUGUCCAAACACCUACAGUUCCUACUGUCUUAAUGGAGGCACCUGUUACAUUCUAAGAACAUCCUAUCCAUUCUGCUGGUGCGAUAACAGUUUCCAAGGAAGCCGAUGUGAAGAGUUCCUGCUACCGAGCCGUCAGUCACAUAGGACUAUAAGUCCAUCAUUGAUCAUUGUUAUUGUGGGGGCCUUGAUUAUUGUAUUCUCUAUAGCACUCUGUGUAGCAUACUUCUUCUGCAGGAAAUGGAGACAAAAACGAAAUAACCAGAGGAACACCAGCCUGUACUACGCAGUGACGGCACGUAGAGCGAUCAACGUCAGGGAGAUUCUGUCGGUCAGAUCUGGCAUCAAAAAACAAGAUGUGGAUUCCAGACCUGUUUAGACUCCUGAGGAGGGCAUGUUUUAGGUGACAAGUGUUG